GGGCGGGUUGGGGAGCCGAUCUCACCACUCACCAGUCACCAGUUUAUCAGUUCACAUGCCGCUGCCACUCGGUGCGCAUCCCACGCCGCUGGAGGGAAAAUGCAUUAAAUCUUGGAAAAACGAUCGUUUUCUUCUCCUGUCGCGUUGAACCUUAAAAAGGACGCCCUAUCAAAGACUUCUUUGUUAUCUGUACGCACUUAAGGAAAAUGGAUCAAAUGGCUGCAAUUGAAGACGAGGUUGAUGUGAUCUUGCAGUCAACCCAGCCUGAAACUCAGCCAUACUCGCAGGAAAGUGCGAGCAGCAAGAAGGAAGAACGCAAAGCGUCCUGCUGGGCAUAUUUAAUGUGGCAUUCCUACAAUCUCCCUCGAAUAUACGAGCUGACAGAGCAGUGCCACGUCUUUGGCAAGAGAAAGGAGCAUGACUUUAUAUUUGAUGAGAAACUGCACAAGAUUCCUGCAGAAGUAAUGCUGAAUAUUAGCAGGACACACUUCAAGAUUACCAGGAAUGAGGACGGCACUGUCGUACUGAAAGACCAGAGCAUCAACGGCACUUUUGUCAACAAAAAGAAGGUCGGCGAAUCCUCGACUUCCAGACCGCGAAAGGUGGUGCUGCAGGAUCAUGAUGUCAUCAGUCUCAUUGACCCCUCAGGCCUUUCGUGCCAAUUCACCUUUGCUGGGAAGGAAAAUGAGCUGGAAAAGGACUUGCCUUCAGAGUUGCUGGAGAGGUUCCGUGUCACCAGAACCCUGGGAAAAGGAGGAAGUGCCACUGUUUACUUGGCGUAUGAAAAUAGCACUUGCAAGCCAUUCGCAGUCAAGAGAAUUGACAAAGACUUCAAAACAAGGGGCAUGAAUUCGGAGCAGUACAUCCAGGCGGAGAUCAAGAUACUCAAGUCGCUUUACCAUCCCAACAUUGUGGCCGUCAAAGAUGUCAUUGAUGUUGAGCGACAGACCUUCAUUGUCAUGGAAUACAUGCAAGGCGGCUCUUUGGCCCAAAUUUUCUACAAACAGAAGCAGAAACCCUUUGAUGAAAAGCUCUGCAAAGUCUGGUUUUACCAGCUCCUACUCUCCUUAGAAUAUUUGGAUUCUAAGUCGAUCAUCCACAGGGAUGUCAAGAUGGAGAACAUCCUAGUCUGCAACAAUACUCGCAACAGCCCAAUAAAACUGGCUGAUUUUGGCCUCUCCAAGAUGGUCUCCCAGUCAAGGAAAGCGGUCACCUGCUGUGGCUCUUAUGAAUAUGUUGCCCCAGAAGUGAUUUCUUCAGAAGGAGCAGCUGGGGAACCCUACUCGUCAAAGGUCGACAUUUGGUCUCUGGGUGUGACCCUGUUUGUAUGCCUGAGUGGGAAAAUGCCUUUUGCCAGUCACGAACCCUCCGAGUUGAAGCAGGAGAUCUUGUCUGGAAAACUGAAGAUGGACGGGCCUGAGUGGGACAGUGUGUCCGACGCUGCUAAACUAACUGUCCGCAACAUGCUCAGGUUGAAUCCAAAUCUGCGUCUGGGAGCCACUGAACUCAUGCAAUCGGCCUGGUUCAAUGAGAAAAAUUUCCAGGUGGUGAAAGAGGUUUGCAAGAGGCCACAUGGAUCGCCAGUUCCUCCUCGCUUUAGCGACCAGAACACACAGCCUGCGCCUGCCAAAGUUGCCAAGGUGGAAAAGUCAUCAAGCGAAAGGAUCUCACCAGUGCCAUCCUCAUCCAAGUGCACCGCAUUUUGAAGGUUACCGCCAACUGAAGAUAAUUUUUUACACUUUUUAUAAAAGAAUGUAAUGCUCACCACUUUUGAUGGUAUGUAUCCUCAUUAGUUUUUUAGAUACAUUGUUUAUGUAACAAUGUUUUUUGGAUUUUGAGUCGGUCCUAAUUAUUUAAAAAAGUUUUUAGACGAAUCAAAACAAAAUUAGUGAAAGUUUUCUGAAAGAACAUUGCUCAACCUUGGAGACUCCUAGUUACAUCAUCUUUCAGAAAUCGAUUUUAUGAAUUCUUACACACAGACAAUGGAAAACAGAUCAGAUUUGACAUGAAGAACAAAAAAUAAUAUUUUUACGAUGUAGCUGCUCAAAUGAAAGAUUGUACAUAAGAUAAAAUAA